AUGCAACGCUCUAGAAUGACACAACCAAAUUCAAAUACUUAUUAUGAAUCAUAUACAGAUGAUGAUUCUGGUAUUAGUCUUGAUUAUGAUUAUUCAUCAACAAGCGAUAUUCAUUCAUCGAGAACAACAUUAAUUGAACCACCUACACCGAUUCAAUCAAAAAAUAUAUCAUAUCGUACUCCGGAUGUAAUUCAAACAAAAGAAAUAAAUAGAAAACCGUUAAUGACAUUUACAACUGAUGGAAUUAUUGAACGUAUUCGUCCAAUAACAUUGAAAAAUAGUCAAAAUGGUGAUUAUAUUAUUUGUAAUACAAAUCGUGGAACAUAUAUUGCUUAUCGAACACCAAUUGUUCCUGCGUGGGUUACACAAAUCGUACGUGAAGUGGAAUUACGUGAAAAAUAA